UGUUGAGUCUGCUGAACGCAGCCAUUGAUACACAUAUGUGUGCGUGGGGAAUACCCGUAUUGUAAUAACAUUUUGCUGAUAUGCACACGUAGGUUGGCACAGUACUGAUGAUUACGUUAUCUGAUAUGUCUAUUAUUAUCUGUCAUCGCCAGUCAAGGACGGAUAGCUGGAGAGUAGCGAGUUCAUUUUUAUUCACGGCCGAGCUUUAUAUGCUUAUUUAAAUAUUCUGCAUCGAACAAGUGCGAAAUCUCAUUUUCAACAAUCAGUAAGAUUUGCACUUAUCAUGGAAGUACACGCCCGAGCUCCAGAUCCUUUAAUAAUAGAUGGCGAUAUAGCCAGCAACUGGCAAAGCUGGAAAGAAGAUUUUAUUAUAUUCAUGAAUUUAACUGGGUAUAUUAAUAAACCUAAUGAAAUCCGCGCAAAUCUUUUAAAAAAUCGGAUUGGAAAAGUUGGUAUUGAUGCAAUACAAAAUUUUUCUUUUGACAAUGUGGAAGAUAAAGAUGAUAUGGAUAUAUUGAUUGAAAAGCUUGAAAAAUACUUUAAUCCACCAAAAAAAGAAGUGGUUGAACGAUACAAUUUUUUUACAAGAGCAAAGAAGAAAAAUGAGUCUAUUGAACAAUAUAUAAAUAUUUUAAAAGAAAAAGCUAAAAAUUGCAACUUUAACGAUAUGCUAGACAGCAUGAUACGAGACAAAAUUAUUCUUGAAACUCAUGACAAAAUAUUGCGUAAAAAAUUUUUUGAAGCAGACAAUUUAGAUUUACCAAAGCUAGUAGCAAUUUACCACGACUACAACAUUAAUACGGAAAAAAUGAAACAAGUUACUAAAGAAACGAGAGCAGACUCAAGUGUUACACCAAAACCAUCAGAUAAUAUUGUAAAAAGAGUCUGUUGGAGAUGUGAUGAGCAGCAUCCACUUGGGAAGUGUCCUGCUUGGGGAUCAAAGUGCACAAAAUGUGGUGACAUAAAUCACUUUACCCAAUGCUGCAAGGGUUUUAAAUUUAAGAUGAAUAAGAUGAAUAAAAAUUUACUGGAUCCAACAGUGCAACAAACAAAAUUGAACUCAAAGAAUAAUGACAAAUGGAAUAAUCAAGCAGAUUCCGAAGUUAAAACUAAGGAUUCAAUGAAUAAAACGAUUUUUCCUGAUGUUCCGACAACAAAUUUAAAUUACAUUAAUACAACGAAUUACUCAACACAUUUGCCCAAAAAUACACAGUACAGUCAUUCAUAUACGAAUUUAAUUCAACCAGACGGGACAAUUUCCGAUUUACGUAAUAGAGGUGCAAAUGUUCAACCUAAACAGACGAAAACACCAAGUGCAGGUACUUCACAAGAAAGAAUUAAAAUACACACAAAAAGAUAUAGUAAAGAUAAUUUCAUUAGGGAUGAGUUUCUGUAACACCUGGAUCCAGACGGUGAAUUAAAAUCACGUUAUCCUUUUCUUAAUUAGUUGUUAAGGUGCCUUUUCUGACUUUACUGCUUUUUUAUCGAUAUAUAUUUUUAGUUUGAGAUUAAAGUUUUUUACUCAUGGUUUUAUUCUACUAUGGUUUUAUUGACAUCGAUCAAGUUCGGUCUUUAUUUCAGGAUCCUUUGAAAAGU